UUUUUCACCCAUUGACACUGCAGCUGUAUGUCCGGACAUGUAGAUCUCAUAGCGGCUUGGCCUUUGUUAGAGAGUCGGUAAGAAGAACCAAGAAAGCCAGAGGAGCCGCAUUCAUGCACUUACAGGGAGGAAAAUGAUCAUCUGCACGAAAAACAUGGAUUAUCGCCUUGGAACCCAGUGUCAAUUUGUUCAAAAUCAGGUGAUGGUGAACUCUGAGAAAGACCGUGCUUCUCUCUUGUGCAUGAAGGCUCUGGCCAACAGGGGGCGUCUGGACACGGUGUCUCAGCAGAUGGCCUCUCACCCACAGUACCUGGAGAGUUUCCUGCGCACACAGCACUAUAUCCUCUAUAUGGAUGGCCCAUUGCCUCUGCCCUACCGCCACUACAUUGCCAUCAUGGCUGCAGCACGGCAUCACUGUGGGUACCUGGUGUCUUUGCACUCAGCCCAGUUUCUGCGUGUGGGCGGAGACCCGUUAUGGCUUCAGGGGCUGGAGGCUGCACCCCCACGUCUACGGCACCUUGACCACAUCAGCAAGGUCCUGGCCCAUCAGCCUUGGCUCACGGCACGCUCGCACAUACAGGCUCUGCUCAAGACGGGAGAUCAGUGCUGGUCUCUGGCUGAGCUUGUUCAAGCGGUGGUUCUGCUGGCCCACUGUCACUCCCUUUGCAGUUUUAUUUUUGGUUCUGGUUCUGACUCGGAUGCCACUCCCAUUCCCAGAGUGCAUCACGGCACGCCCCCUGGCUACUGUCUUUGUGAUGCUGCCAACGGCAACACAGCCUUAUCACCACCCCCUGCUGGACCCACAGAGAAGGCACCACGAAGAAGGUCCCUAGACUCCAGCUGCGAAGUUGCGUGCCUUCUAGAACAAAUUCAGAAAUCACAGGAGGAAAUCAAAGAAAGAAAAGGAGACCGACUCUAUUCACAGACACUCCUACAUGCUGAUGUGGAGGAGGAGGAGGAGGCGAUGUUCUCCGCAGACCCCUCCCGCUUCGUCACAGAUCCAGAAUUCGGCUACCAGGAAUUUGCCAGACGGGAGGAGGACCAUUUCCAAGUAUUCCGGGUGCAGGACUAUUCAUGGGAGGAUCAUGGUUUUUCGUUGGUAAACAGGCUCUACUCUGAUAUAGGGCACUUGUUAGACGAGCGAUUCCGCAAUGUGGCCUCCCUCCCUUUCCCUCACAGCCCCGAUCUCAAACGAGCCAUCUGGAACUAUAUUCAUUGUAUCUAUGGAAUUAGAUAUGAUGAUUACGAUUAUGGGGAAGUUAACCGUUUACUGGAGCGUGGACUGAAACUUUACAUUAAAGCUGUGGCCUGCUACCCCGACUCCAGCAAGACCCCUCUAUGCCCACUGUCCUGGGCCCCUGUCAAAGCUUCAGAGAAGGUUCAUGUAAAUCUGUUAGUGAUGGAGGCCCGCCUGCAGGCUGAGUUGCUGUAUGCGCUCAGAGCCAUCACCCAAUACAUGAUCGCAUAGGACACGAGCAUUCAGAACCACAGAGGCACAUGGUAGAACGGAAAUCAAGGCAAAGAAAUACAAGCAGAGUCUGUCUCUCCGUCUCUGUAUUUGUUGUCUCCGAGUUGACCGGUGUGACGUAAGGUACUGCUGUGAAAAGUUUCUUUGCCAAAGGUGAAACUUUAGAAGAAAAAAAAAAAAAGUGCAAAGCAAUCGCUCACCCCUACUGUCAUUUUGCAUGCGCCUCACCUACAUACUUUUGUUAGUUGAUCUUUUGUGUGUGUGUGUGUGUGUGUGUGUGUACUCAUUCCUCUUUUUUUAUCUUUAUCCCAGUUGGUAAUGUGCAAUUAUUUUUAUUCAGUUGUUGUUAUUAAUAUUUUCCCGUUUGUUUUGUUUGUUUUUUGCUGUUGCUAUUCAAUUGAGAGACGUGUCCAACUGUCUGUUUCCAAGUAUCAAAAUUCUGUAAAGGUCAAAGCCAAUUUACAGGAAAUGAGUGAUUGGACAAAGGCGCUUGCUUAACAUGGCUUCCAAAUAUUUCAUUUGAAUGUGGAAUAGUGAGCAAAAUUUAACAAAGGGUAGGAGAAGGUUCAACGGCUGUAUCUUUCUUUUUAAAUUAGCACUUUUAAGUCAGUAUCUAAAGAAUAUCUCAAUAAGCUUUCGGCUGUGGCUUCGUUCAGAACACAGCAGGUCAUCUGAGUACUGGUUUCACUUAUUCACAUAGAUUAGCAUUGAUGUUUUUUUUCCUAAAUCUUCCACAUGCUUUCCUCUCUGCAUGGGUGCUAUAAAGAUUGAUUAUGGGUACUUUUAUAGGAUCCAUAAUAAUUCAUCCGAUUCAUCUCAGUAGGCAUUUAAACAGCUUUACAAUGUGAAGAUCUACAGUUGAUGGGUUCAAAGCAGUGUAAAGGAAUUGCAUUUUCUAAACUACUUUAAAUUGUAUGUUUGCUUUGUUGGUAGUGUUCUCAGCCUUUCUCAGUUUCUUAGGGCACCUGCUCUAUGCGGACUGGCCAAAUUAACACAGUGUGUAUUUGAGGUCCAUUACAUUGUUUGCUAAUUCUGAAAACCAUUUAAAUACCAUUUAAAAGUAUGUCUUGAUAGGCCCUAAGUAAUUCACCCACUGAAUGGAUUCUGAAAAGACCAGCUAUCAGUGAGAAGCACUGGUUAAUGUAAUGCUGGCUUGUAGACAUUUAUGCACGAGAAAUGAAUCUGCAAUAAUUAGGACUUGUUUUAAAAUAUUUUACCAUGUAAAAAUUAAGUCACAUUGUGAUGUAUGUGAGAAGGAGCUCAGAAUAAGCUUAUAAUUUGUGAUUUUAACGUUAACACGUUGGUAUAGAUCAAAUGAAGGCUUUUGUCUGUAAGAUGUGGAAAGGUUCAUGGUCAGCCUGCACAAAAUUAUUGUUAUUGUUGUUAUUAUUAUUUUUGGCACUGAACCUUUUGUACGAAACCCCUCAAGUGUGGUUGCAGCUGUCAUUGUUACAAACUGCUUGGAGAGGUGUCGAACCCUCUGAUGCCAUGAGUAUAUUCAAUGUCUAGUUUUGUUGACAAGGCCAAAUACCUGUACUGUGUUAAACUCUCAUGGCUCUGGUUGUCUAAUUACAGUUGGUAGAAUGACUUGGGCAACACCUAUGGUUGGUUUUGUGUGUGUUUAAUAUUUAACAUUUGCAUUACUUUUGUCCCUGUUUUUGAGGGAGGGUGAUGUUGUUGAUGUCAGUUUUGCUCUUGUCUGAACUCUUUAGAUUUAAGAUACUAAGAUAUGUAAAUCAGCAGAAAUGUGUAAAGAAGUACAGUCUGUGUUGGACGCUCGGUGCCUUUUGACUAUGAUGAGUCAUGGCUCAUCAGUAUGGCUAAGCUGGACUGAAGUCUCAUGCUACUGCAUUAAUUCGAGCUGAGAAUGGAAGACGAGCCAGGAGCGCGUUCAUCAUCCGGGCUGACUGACCGUAACGGAAAACCGGAGACAUUUGUCAGGAGGAGCAGAAUACAACUGCAGCACGGCCAUUCUACCUUAAACAGGACUGUCUUAAAAGCUUGUUCUUGAAUGGCAGUCUGCCAAAUCCCUGAAACGUGGAGACUUCCAGACUGUCUUCAACAGCUCAGCUGGAAGAUGUUGUGGUGCCUCAGCGGUGGAGACUGAACGAGCAUGGCUAUUGCCAAAAUGUUUAUUUACCACGUAAAUGUAGAAACUAUGAAAAUUUAAACUGACCAAAAAGAAAAAAACAAAAACAAAGAAAUAUUGAAAAACCAAGCAAAAAAAAAAAAGUUUUGAAAUGUGAAAGAUUAUUUUUUCUAUAAAGAAAUAUGAUAUCAUUGAUGUGUCUUGUUUUUAUUUAGUUUUUAUGUUUGAAUGUGUAUCGGGUUUAUUAGUCCAGAUUCAGUAAAGUAACGCUGUGGUUACAAAUAUUUCAUUUAUAGGAAUUAUAGCACUGUAAAAAGAUGUUGGUUUAACUUAAAGUUACCUGGUUGCCUUAAUUUUGAGUUCAUUGCAAUUAAAAAAUUGAGUUAAUACAAUGAAGGUGAUUGGUUUAAUCAACAGAAACUCAAAAUAUUAUGUUAUCUGAACCACAUUAAUUAUUAAAGUUGAUUUGACAAAAGAAAAAAUGUUGUAAUAAAUCAUGAAAAUAUUUUUUGUUACAGUGAGGAAAAGUUCAGAGUGUCGGACUGACGACUUGGCAUCCAAAUUAUUUGGGAAUUAAUUUUAAUAAUGGCGUCUGAGACUACUAGUGCAAUCCUGCCAUCUAGUGGUAGAUCUCCAUUCACAAUCCCUUUGAGAAAAUAACGGGAGCAAUUCAAACAAAACAUUAAAAUAUUACAGGUUUAAUACAAAUGUUUUGGAGCGUUUAAAUGUAGAAAUGUUAUGUCUGUAAUGUUAUAAAAGCUCAACCCGUAAUGUUUAAGCUAAACAUCAGUGGACCUCCUAGGCUAGAUUUAAAGAACCGUCAUGUUAACAUGAGUAUUAUUUAUGUCUUGUGGCUACACUAUGGAAACAGUGAGUAGUUCAACGUUUAAUGAUUAGUCCUAUUUAAUUCCACUGUAAAGAACCGUACAAACAAACCACGAUAACCUUCCGUUUAUUAAAAGCGCGCUGCAGUUGUCAUGUCGCUUUAAAUGCUCGAGCUCUUUAAAGUCAGGUGGAUUCUGAUUGGCUGUCAAUGUUUUUAUUCGUUCAUCACCUAAGAAAAAAAUCAUUUUGAAUAUUUCCUCUCUGUCGUUUAUUAUUAAAACGUUAGUUGUCGGUCUUAGCCGGCCUCAUUAUAACCAAGACUUUAGCUAUAAAAAAAAAUGAGGGAAAUGUAGAAAUUAACUUUCAAACGAAUUAAUCCAUAUACAAGUACUCUCGAUUGGCCUAAAAUUAUACUAAACCUGGAAUAUUAUUUUAAGGUAAGAUGUAUCAGCUCAAGUUACUGUGUGACCUCAUGCCAGGUCAUUCAGAUUUAUUGUUUCAUUUCACAUUUACUAUGCAUGGUUACUCUGAGCCUCGGUUUAUCACAAUGCUUAAGUCUAGAUUUAAUGAAUGUCCUGCAUCUGUGCUAAUGUCAAAUGAAUGGACCAAUAACAGAAUGAACUUAAAACAGUCUAAGUUAAACAGAUUAGGUUUAUUUCUAUUAUGCUGAACUGCAUUCAAUGAUCUCUGACUAACAGAAAAUGGGGGGACAAAAUGAAUUAAGCCCAAAAAAAAAAAAAAAAAAAAGAA